ACUUACUUCUCUUCGCUUUUCCCUUUUCCCCUUUGCCCUUUGCCCUUUUCCCUCUCUGUCCGUCUUGUCUACUGAGACGCUAAAAACACUGUCUCAACAGUGUGCAUGACUUUACUAGCGCAACUUCUCCUCUCUUUUUCAUUUUCUCUCAGACAAACACCGAACACCAUCAUCAUCAUCAUAUCAUCUUGCCAAUUUAAUAUAGUAACCCACAUUUCAUUAUUCCUCAACAAUAACGUCAGUUUUUCAAAUUUUCAGAAUCUAAAACCCUAAAAGAAAUAAUGGGAACGGAGAUUACCGAUUCAGGCUUCGGUUUGAGAGCUGAGAUUGAUACAUCGGCGCCUUUUGAGUCUGUUAAGGAGGCUGUUAGCCGAUUCGGUGGAAUUGGCUACUGGAAACCCUCUCAAAAUAAGCCUUUCCAACAUGAGGAUGACACUGAAGAGAUGGAUAUUUCAAAAUUAGAGGAACAGGCAGCGCUACUGGAAAAAGAUCUGAUCGUGAAAGAAAGGGAAACACUGGAUGUUCUAAAAGAAUUGGAAUCGACAAAAACUGUUGUUGAAGAACUUAAGUUGAAGCUACAGAAACAGGCAUCUGAGGUUAAUGUCACCCUGGAGUCAAAUGCAGAUGAUAGAAAUGUGACUCCUGCUUCAAAAGAAGAAAAAGAGAACCAUAAUCAUGAGAAUCUUGGAGAUCAUAAUUCCACUGUGAUGGGAGGUUUGAGCGCUUGCCCUUCUUCUUCACCCGGUUUAAUUCUAGUGGAAUUGAAACAGGCCAAGUUGAACCUUUCUAGGACUACUAAUGAUCUCGCUGACAUUCGAGGUUCUGUUGAAUUUCUCAAUAAGAAAUUAGAGAAGGAAAGACUUUCACUUGAAAGAACCCGUGAGAGGUUAACACUGAACUCAUCAAAGAUUUCAUCUCUUGAGGAAGAGCUGAACCAAACAAAGUUAAAACUUCAAGGGGCAAAAGAUGCUAGUAAUAGAGGCCAUUGUGACAAUUCAUUGGAUAUUACAAGUGAGCUCCAGCGACUGAGUUCUGAGACAGAGAACUUCAAGAAAAUGGGAGAAGCUGCGCAAUCUGAAGUUUUGAAAGCAAUAUCUGAGAUUGAACAAACAAAAAGUAAGAUAAAAACAGCUGAAAUCAGGUUGGUUGCUGCCAGAAAAAUGAAGCAAGCAGCUAAAGCGGCAGAAGCUGUUGCUCUUGCAGAGAUCAAGGCUAUGUCAAGCCACGAGAACUCGUCAGGGGAUUCCUCAAAGAAAGCUGAAGGAGUAACUCUUACAUUUGAAGAGUAUUCAUCCCUAACCAGCAAAGCUCAAGAAGCUGAGGAACUAUCCAAGACUAAGGUAAUAGAUGCUAUGCUUCAAGUUGAUGAAGCAAAUGUUUCUAAGAUGGAAAUCCUAAAGAAGGUAGAGGAAGCUACAGAAGAAAUUAAGACCAGUAAGAAGGCCUUAGAAGAGGCCCUAAACAGAGUAGAGGCUGCAAAUAAGGGGAAGCUGGCAGUUGAAGAAGCUCUUCGCAAGUGGAGAUCGGAGCACGGGCAGAAAAGACGUUUAGUAAGCAAUGCUACCAAAUUUAAGAACUCCUACUCAUCUCACCAUCGGAGGGAUUCUCGUUUGCUUGAUGUGAAUGGGCUGAAUCUAGCAAAUGAUGGACCAACGCCUGUUUUGAAGCCAACCCUAUCAAUAGGCCAAAUACUGAGCAGGAAGCUACUCUUGCCUGAAGAGUUCGACACAGGAAUGCUGCCAGAAAAAGGCCACAUGAAGAUAAAGGUAUCACUGGGUCAAAUGCUUAGUAAACCAAAUGGCGAAGUACCAUCUAAUCAUAGCUCUGAGAAGGAAAAUGGUCACAAGCAGUUUUCCGGAAAGAGGAAGAAGUUUGGAUUUGCUCGGUUCUCACUACUCUUGACAAAGCAGAGCAAGAAAAAGAAGAAGCCAACUCUAAAUUUGAGGUAAUGAGGCUGGCAAUGUUGAGUGGCCAGUGUUAACUUCUAAUCUCCUCUAGCUUACCCCUGGGGAUGACUCCUAUUCCUGUUUGCUAGUGUCCCUAGUCUCUCCUACUGUUAACUCUAUAUGUAUGCAGUAUUUGGUUAUUGUAAAGAUGUUUAUGAUAUUUUCCAUCAUUCCUCAACCCUUAGGCUGAUGGAAUUGCAGUCACUGAAAUGAGCUAUGACUUCAUU